CCGAGGAGCCUGGCGGGCACCGACCCCGCCGCGCUGCCCGACGCCUUCGACCCCGCGACUGGCAGCGGCCGCUGGAGGUACGAGUCGCGGCUCGGGGAGGGCGGGCUGGCCACGGUCUACAGGGCCACGGACUGCAAGGGCGGCAGGGGCGAGGUUGCCGUGAAGGUCCUGAAGCGCCACCCCAAGCUGUCCCACCGCGACCGUCGGCACGCCUUCGCGAUGCACCGCGAGAGCCAGUGGUCCUUGUGGAACCUGCACAACGAGUGCGACUCCCGCUUCGACGGGGCCGCCGCCUCGCUGUUCAUGCGCUACCUUGAGGACCACACCGGCUUCUCCGAGCUGGGGCCGGCGGGUUUCGAGGCUAAGCGGCGGCUCUACGAGGCCCCCGACUUCAACUGGGACCUGGACGGCCCCGACCUGCCCGCCAGGCCCUACGUGGUCAUGGAGCUGGUGCGGGGCGAGACGCUGCAGACGGUGAUCGACCGCGAGCGCGCGUCCCUACCGGCCUCGGAGAAGAGGCAGAUCGUCGUCCAGGCAGCGCGCGCGCUGAACUACCUGGCGCGCUUCGGGCUCAUCCACCGCGACUUCCGGGGCUGCAACAUGCACCUCGUGGGCCGGGAGGGGCAGGGCGAGGGCUGCCGGCUGAAGGUCCUGGACCUCGGAGUGAUGAUCUGCGCGGAGGACGGGCAGGAGGCCAACAGCAACUCCGCCGUCCAGGCCUUCAAGCGCCGGGGCGAGACCGAGGAGAAGCGGAGGAGGUACGACUGGCUGCCUUGGGAAGUCCGGGCAGCCGCCGACGGAGGCGACGAUCUUGCCGCCCUUGCGCCCCCGCUCGCUUACAGCGCCCGCGCCUUGCCGACCUGUGCGCUCGCCUGGAGGAGCCUGACCCGCGGGGCUGCCAGGUGA